AUGUCCUCCCACUCAAAAAUUGAGAAGAACCCCAAGUUCGGCCAUCUUCCCCUUUCAACAUCCGGCCCUCUCGAGACAACACUAACUGGAAGCUCCGCCUUUACCGCAGAAGAGCGCAAGACAUUCAAGCUCCACGGCCUCCUUCCUCCUAAUGUGCAGACCCUCGAAGAACAAGUACGGCGCGCCUACGAGCAAUACAGCUCAAGGCCAACCGAUAUAGCGAAGAACACGUUUAUGACAAGUAUGAAGGAGCAAAAUGAGGUGUUAUACUACAGGCUCAUCCUCGACCACCUAAAGGAGAUGUUCUCGAUUAUAUAUACCCCAACGGAAGGCGAAGCAAUUGCAAACUACUCUCGGUUGUUCCGAAGACCGGAAGGCUGUUUCUUGAACAUCGAAGACAUGGAUAGGAUUGAGGAUAACAUAUCCCAAUGGGGCGAACCUGACGACAUUGAUCUGAUUGUUGUGAGCGACGGAGAGCAAAUUCUGGGAAUUGGAGACCAAGGCGUGGGCGCCAUCCUCAUAUCUGUUGCAAAGCUUGCCAUAUACACUCUUUGUGCUGGUAUCCACCCCUCAAGAACACUUCCCGUCGUACUUGAUGCGGGAACGAAUAACCAAGAACUUCUCGACGACAACCUGUACCUUGGACUCCGCCAACCCCGUGCACGCGGCGAGAAAUAUGACAAGUUCGUUGACACCUUCGUCGAAGCUUGCAGGAGGCAAUAUCCUAAAGCAUACAUUCAUUUCGAAGACUUCGGUAUCAGCAAUGCCCGCCGGUUUCUUGAAAAGUACCAGCCGAAAAUUGCCUGCUUCAACGACGAUGUACAGGGGACCGGGGCUGUAACACUUGCCGCGAUCAUGGCUGCAUUCAAAGUCAGUGGGACGAAGUGGGACGAGGCCCGAUUUGUUCUCUUUGGCGCAGGGACUGCAGGCACAGGCAUUGCGGAUCAAAUCCGGGAUGCCAUCAACCAAGAGACAGGGAAGUCGAAGGAAGAGGCUGGCCGGCAGAUCUGGUGCGUCGACAAGCCCGGGCUGCUUUUGAGGUCCAAGAAGGAUGAGCUCAGUCCGGCACAGAUGCCGUAUGCUCGCGAUGACAGCGAAUGGGAAGGCAAAUCGCAUGGGGAUUUACUGUCCAUCGUUAAGGAGGCCAAACCGCACGUUUUGGUCGGCACUUCGACUGUUGCGGGUGCCUUCACGAAGGAGGUUGUUCAAGAGAUGGCCAAGCAUGUCGAGCGACCUGUUAUCUUCCCUCUCUCUAACCCGACACGCUUGCACGAAGCCAAACCACAAGAUCUGUACAACUGGACUGACGGAAAGGUGCUGGUAGCAACCGGCUCGCCAUUUCCACCUGUCAAAUAUAAAGGCGAGGAGUAUGAGAUUUCCGAAUGCAAUAAUAGCGUCACAUUCCCAGGCAUCGGCCUUGGGGCUAUCCUAAGUCGUACUCGUUCAUUGGCCCCUUCUCUAAUCGUCGCCGCCGUGAAAGCCCUCGCAUCUGCUGCCCCCGUCGUACAAGGCACCGGACCGGCCCUGCUGCCCGACGUCACGGAUGUCAGAGAAGUGAGCGUCCGCAUCGCAAAGAGUGUUAUCAAAGCUUCACGUGAUGAAGGCCUUGCGCAAGAGAAGGAUAUCCCGGUUGACGAUGCUGAACUAGACGAGUGGAUCCGCGAGCAGAUGUGGGAUGCGAGAUAUCGCCCUUUGAAGCCGGUCGGUGAGGAGGGUUCGACCGCUCUGGCAAGAGGAGAAGCAGGGCCAGCAGCACAUCGCAGGGCGAACUUCAGACUCUAA